AUGGCCGGUUUCCCCAAGCUCAUCCCGGCCUUUACCGCUCAAAUCGCCAUCAAGGCGCCCAACUACGUCGGGCCGACGGCGGCGGGCGCCACUCUGACGCACGUCGAGAUCAUUCCCGGCGCGGGCUCGAUCCGGGCCGAGGCGGGCUACGGGAUCGCGCUGGACGCCGUGUUUGCCCACGGGGCCGACUUCAUCAAAAUGGACCCGGACGGACGGCACGUGCGGCUCGAGGUGCAGAGCGUGGCCAAGGACGGCCCCACGGGGGCGUUUGUGCGCUUCAACUACACGGGCACGAUCUUCCUUGGUGGGCCGGGCGGAAAGGUCCUCACGGGCGAGCCCGACGCCAAGACGACCGACUUCGGAGAGGCUUUCACCCGUGUUGUGUUUGAGUCGGGCCACCCCGAGCUGGCUGCUCUGCAGACCAAGGUCUAUGUGUCGUCCGGGAGAUUCAUUGUUGAGCCUGGCAAGCCUGUCAUUGUUGAGUACAAGAUCAGUGAAGUGGUUGCAUAG